ACACACAACUCCGCUUUACACAGACCUCUCCGCUCUACAGAAUUAAACUGACGGUGAGAGUCGGCUCUCCCCUCUCCAUGUCACAGCUGUAUGCGACGUGUCAUCCAGCCCAAACGACGUCGUACGAUCAACCAGAUUUCUUAUUUUAUGUGCCUCUUCCACUUUAAUACAAUACAUACAAAAACAGAACUGUAUAUAUCUAUAGCUUUUGUUCACACACAAUGGGCUAGUCUUGCUUUCAAUCCAAGUGAUUUCUUAUCUUUAGUCCUCACUUUUGAGAACCCAUCCAGAAAACCCUAAAUCUUGGAGGCCCUUUUGAUUUGAAGCACUAAUUUUCUAGGGUUUGUGAGGAACUGAGUGAUGACCUAUGAUGUGAAUGUGGAGGAAGGGGGUCAAAUAGAGGUGAAUAUUGAUGAAUUGAAGGGUGAGUAUGUAAAUAUGAGGGAAGUAGAGGGGCAACAUGGGCAAAGUGAAGGAGGAGUGGGAAGUAAUAGUGAUUCAAUGAUGAUGACUAGUGGGAGAUGGUGGUGUUUGAUUUGGUGGUGGGCUAAGCUUAUUCUUUUGAUUUUGUUUUUGGGGGUUUUGGCUGCUGUUUUCUUUAAAUGGGUUGGUCCUUUUUUCAUGGAUAAGGAGAUUGUUCCUAUAUUAAACUGGGAAACCACUACGUUUAGCAAGCCUGUUUUAGCAGCUAUAGUUUUUGCAUCUGUGGCAUUAUUUCCUGUUAUUUUCCUACCAUCUACUCCUUCCAUGUGGGUGGCUGGGAUGACAUUCGGUUAUGGUUAUGGUUUCCUGCUUAUCAUAGGUGGAGUGACUAUCGGUGUGUCACUUCCAUAUUUUAUAGGUCUCCUAUUCCAUAAUAAAAUGCAAGAGUGGUUACAAAGAUAUCCGAAGAAAGCCCGUGUCAUAAAAUUGGCUGGUGAAGGAAAUCAAGUUUAUCAAUUUCAGGCUGUAACACUGAUUAGAAUUUCUCCUUUUCCAUAUAUUGUAUUUAACUACUGUGCUGUGGCAACGAAUGUGAAGUAUAUACCUUACUUGUUGGGUUCAAUGGUUGGAAUGGUGCCCGAAAUCCUUGUUGCAAUCUAUACUGGCAUAAUGAUAAAAACUCUAGCUGACGCUUCAACUGAUCAGCGCACCCUCUCAACAACUCAGAUCAUCUUCAAUGUUUGUGGCUUCUGUUUAACUGUGACUACCACUGUCAUAAUUACAAUCUAUGCUAAAAGACGCCUAAAGGAAUUGCAAAUGGAAGAAGAACCACUGUUACAGUAAGUCUCUGUGAUUAUGCUCUCACUUCCUGGACCAGGUUGGGGAUCUCAGCCAACUGAUAGAAUUCUGAUUCUGUGCAUAAAUUGGAUGAUUUUUUUUUGUCUAUAUCAGUAAUCAUGGUGUAUAGAUAAAAUUGUGAGGGAAACAGUGGAAACCAACAUCUAACAUGAGUGUCUUCUGAGUUAAUAUAUAUUGAUCAUAUCGAUUUUUAUUUCUUGAA